GAGGCCUUCAAAGUGGUUGAAGUAGGUUGAUGAGGAACCGCUUUGAGGAAAUCUUUACGCCCUAGCGCAAUGUAACUCGCUUCGCUGUAUUAAUGCUGCAUCUGCUUAACCCACCUUAUCCACAAACGGCUGGUAGCAACCCUGGUGCUCACGUAAAGCGUUUUAAAGAGGCUCGCAUCACCGUUAUUCACAAAUGCACCAGUACGCGCUUCAUGUGCACGCAGGAAGCCCCAAUACACCAAUCUGUGAAGGAUGCCAUCAUAAAUGCGAACGAGAAGGACACCAACCUCAUGUUGCGCCCCAUGCAACACAGCCCGCGUCCACAAGAACGCUGUGUCUUCCGAAGUCCUCUCUAUCGAGCGGCGGCCGGGAGGCGCGUAGUUCUCUUACAUCCAGCACCUUGUGUCGGGACAAAGGGGCAGACAGGUACUCACUAAAGGCGAUACUGAGUACCGCGCGUGGACGGCGGGACAGGUUGUUGGGUUGAUGGAUGACUGCCACCUUGCAAGGACCUAUGCGAGAAGAUUGGGUCGGAUGCGGAGCAGAU